UUAAACAAAAUAUGAGUUCUAAUAGCCAUAGAUAGUUCGAGUGCACUUACGAUCUGAUAACUUCGAGAUAUGGCAACAUAAUCCAGCCCUAUAUAAGCAAAGCAUGAAGAGUGGUAGCUAACCAUCCGGUCAAGAAACAUGAAAGCCAUCACACUUUUGCUACUGGUUUUGGUUUCGGCCACUUGUCUGUUGACAAGUCAGGCCAACUCAAUUGAAUCAAGCGAAGAUAGCUUAGCUAAUGAUUUGGACUACGAUUUGGAACUGGAUCAACUUCUAGAUGACUAUGACAGUGACAGCGACUUUAUGGAUGUGGAGGAUCUUGGCUUUAUUCGCUCUUGCCGAAAAAUCCUUUGGGGAGCAUUGAGAACCCUUCUUGGUACGAAUUGCAUUAUCAAAGAGGUGGUAAAUGUCCUAAACUCCUGCACCAACUACCUGAAAGCCGUCAAAGCCUGCGGCACUGAAGUUCCCAAGGAUGUGGCGAAGGUUGUUGAGUCCGCGAAAAGGAUUAUAAGCCUCUGCGAUGCUAUUAUUAAUCUGAGAUCUAAACUAUGCGCCAAGGAAAGAUCUGUGGUAUCCAAAAUCUACAAUUCUUUCAAGUGCUUCUGGAAGGUUUUCAGAGCUACCUUAAGGCUGGUCCGGCAGAUUCCCAGGACCUUAAGGCUGAUUGCCAAGUUACCUCUUAAUACUGGCUCGUGCCUCUUGAGUGCUACAAAUAAUGUAAAGGUCUCGUUAAAGAGCUUUCUUCCCAAUAUUAGUGUCUGCAAAAUGACUUAA